UACAGGUAGUCAUAUUGUUACAGACUACGACUGACAGUUGUUAGCGUGAGUGUGACACACCGGCUGCGACAGCCGAUGGCUGCCUGACCUAUAACUCCGAGGGUCCUUCAUAGCAAUCAGCGCUGGUGUAGGAAAGCUUUAAAAAUGGGGUUACGGCGCAUUAGUCCCCCAAGCUUGUGCGGGCUUGUGAUCGCCACUGCACUUCUACUCGCGGUACACGCAUCCGCUGCUUUGCCUCGCGUCCUCCUGUACAGCAAGCCAUCUAUCGUUUCUCCUGUAACAUUGAAGGCCAUCACCAAGUAUCUGACUGGCAAAGCCAGCAGCAUAAUCGCAAUUGCCGAGCAGCCGACUGCUGAACAGUUGCGGGUAGCCAAUGCGUUCGUCAUCUAUGCCACGGACGCGGCAUCUUACUACGAACAAGAGUUGCUCAACAAUACUUCGAAGCUUGCAAACCUUACAAGCUGGGUUCGCGCCGGCGGCUCCCUGGUGCUCGUCAACGGCGCCAGCAACAAUGCCUCCAACCUCUACAACACCUUCCUUCCCCUGAUCAGCUCUGUCCUCGAGUCAAGCACGCCUUGCCAACCAGCUGCAUUGCUAGCGGGCGACGGCCUCUUCCGUCGCUUGAGCCCACCCAGCCCAUUCGGCAGCUUGGCCGCGAGCGUCAAAAUCACUGCUUCCGGCGGCUUCAGCGGCUUGGUCUGCAUCUCUGGCUCCGCCAUCUAUUCCACCAACUCACAGAGGACUCGGCCCAGCAUUUCCGCUGCCCAGCUCUGGAGCGUGGGCGCUGGCGCCAUGACUUGGGUCGGUGCUGAUUUCACCGUUCCCACCAACACGCUGAGCGGGAUUGCGGCUUCAGUCAUUGCUGCGCUGGCGCCGCUUCCCCCUUCACCUCCGUCUCCCCCGUCUCCUCCGUCUCCCCCGCCGCCUCCGUCACUUCCUCGUCCGCCUCCGCCCUCGUCACCACCCCCUCCGCCGCCCCUGAAGCCAUCACCCGUUAUUAUCAUCAAGGAUGCCCCGAAGCCGCCGCCGCUAGUCAAGAAGUCGCCGCCUCCCCCAAUUAAGAAGUUGUCGCCGCCUCCGCCGGUUAAGAAGUCGCCGCCUCCCCCAGUUAAGAAGCCUCCUCCUCCUACCAAGCAAUCCCCGCCGCCACCUGUGAAGCUCUCAUCGCCGCCACCCAAGAUUGCCACCCAGCUGCCUCCUCCCCCGCCGACGCAGCCUCCGCCGCAGGUGCCAGUUCAGUCGCCUCCGCCUCCUCCGCAUCCGUCAGUACCUUUGCCACCGCCCCCAACCUUGCCUUCGCCUCCGCCGCCCGUUCGCUCGCCGCCUCCGCCUGUGCAGUCACCGCCGCCGCCUGUGCAGUCACCGCCGCCGCCGGUCCGCUCGCCGCCACCGCCCGUUCAGUCGCCGCCACCGCCCGUUCAGUCGCCGCCACCGCCCGUUCAGUCGCCGCCGCCUCCCGUUCAGUCGCCGCCGCCUCCCGUUCAGUCGCCGCCGCCGCCUGUAAAGGUGUCGCCGCCGCCCCCCGUUCAGUCGCCGCCGCCGCCAGUGAAGGUGUCGCCGCCGCCGCCGGCUGGCAAGAAGAGGCCUCCGCCUCCCGAUGCCUCCCCUCCUGUUGAUGCUCCUCCGCCGGCCGACUACUACUUCCCUCCUCCCGAGGACCUGGCGCCCCCUCCACCCAAGAAGAAGACCGGGUAGAGCCCCGCUAGACGACAUGUUAGGUGCUUCCUAGCUACCUGCGUGACCCUCAGUCUUAUUUCGGAGGGGGCUUGGGAAGCACAUGGAGAGGCACAGGAGGUCCGCAUGGACCCCGUACAUGUAUGGCACCCUAUGCUGCGUGCAGUUGAAGAAGCCUGAGCGCUGUAGUGCCAUGCCCAAAUGUGACUGCGGAUUUCGCUAGUUUACUUAUUGUGCUUCCUAGCUGUGAACGAGGAUUGUAUAGCCUAGGAUGGUGACCGCGGUGUACGCACGGGGGAACCUGUAGACCCGCCACAGAAGGAUUCCUUCAACUUAAUGGUAUAGCAUGGUGUAGCAUGAUUAAAUGGUGGAGGGGCUGAAGCAGCCCUGAUGAAGAGAACCUGGUAUGUUGCCCGCUGGGUUGCCGUGGUAGCUAAUCUUUCUUAGGCGGUCGCAAUGCAAGGGUUAAGGUUGGCGGUUGCUGUUGUUUGUAGUUGGCUGUUUGUCGCAGUCCCGAAACAACAUGGGUGUGAACGGAAGACUCAGGCAAUGCCGUCUUAGCGGUUCGGGAGCUCCCGACUCUAAUCCGAAGGUAAUGAGGUAUAGCUUACAACUUGCCGCUCGUAAGCUCACUGUUUUGUAGUAAUUUGUACAAUUUGACUGUACGGCGUGCGCUGAAGCGUCCACGCCUGUUCGUGCGUUUAAGCCGUAACUUAGCUCGGCGCUGUUGUUUGGGCUGGACAUCAUACGGGAAGCUUGUGUCCCGUUGUUUGGAUGCGAACCUGGAGGAGGUUUCAGUUGCUCUGUAAUCGUACUUGUUGCCUUCAUACUUCAGCCCAAUCCCAAUAACAAGUCAGGAGGG